AUUUCCCCACUGAUGCCAGCGCAGCGUCCCUUGCUCUGCGCUCGUGCAAUUGCGAGCAGAAUCUGACACAGGCAAAAUCAGUGGAGGCAUUCCGUGAAAAUAUAAAACAAAUAGAGCAUGAUCUGAAGCUGCAAGAUAACUCCAAGACUGAAGUAUGCAAAGCUGAUAAUGCGAAGGAGGAAAAGAAAAUUGUACACCGUUUGCUGUACCCGGACUCAAUUUUGUUCAAACGGUGGGGUGCAGAUUUAAGGGAAGAGGAGCAAACUAUUGCACAGAAUCUGUUCUUAAGUUAUGGGUAUAAUGUUUAUCUCAGUGAUCGUCUACCUCUGGAUCGACCUAUCAGAGACACCAGAUCUCCCAGCUGUAAAAUGAAAACAUAUCCAAAAGACCUUCCAACACUCAGUGUUGUACUUAUAUUUAUGAAUGAAGCACUUUCAAUCAUCUUACGUGCAAUUACUAGUAUAAUUAACCGAACACCUUCUCAUUUAUUGAAAGAAAUCAUCCUGGUAGAUGAUUACAGUUCAAAUGAUGAUCUGAAAGGACCUUUGGAAACACACAUCAAAAAUUACAAUGCAGAGCAUCCUGGACUGCUGAAGAUCAUCAGACAUCAGAAAAGACAAGGCCUAACACAAGCCAGGAUUUCUGGCUGGGAGGCAUCAACUGCAGAUGUUGUUGCAAUUUUGGAUGCCCAUAUUGAAGUGAACGUGGCGUGGGCUGAACCUAUUUUGUCUCGACUAAAAGAAGAUCGCACUGUUAUAAUAUCACCAGUAUUUGACAAUAUUCAUUUUGAUGACUUUGAGCUUCUUCAGUAUUCAGUGGCUGCAGAUGGAUUUGACUGGGCACUCUGGUGCCUUUACGAAUCUUUACCAGCUGAAUGGUAUGCUCUGAAAGAUGAAACAGCUCCAGUCCGGAGCCCGUCUAUAAUGGGGAUUCUUGCUGCAGAUAGGAAAUUUCUGGGUGAGAUUGGUAUACUGGACAGUGGAAUGCACAUAUAUGGAGGAGAAAAUGUGGAACUUGGCCUGAGGGCCUGGCAGUGUGGAGGUAAAGUAGAAGUGCUGCCCUGUUCAAGAAUCGCUCAUUUGGAAAGAGCUCACAAGCCUUACUUGCCAGACUUGAGCAUUGCAAUGAAACGCAACGCCUUGCGGGUAGCCGAAGUGUGGAUGGAUGACUACAAGUACAUGGUCUACUUUGCAUGGAAUCUUCCAAUUGAG